GCCGCUUUCAAGGCUUUAUACCCUUACCCCACUACAAUUGGAUGACCAUGUCAUCUAAGUCAUUGGAUCCACUACAUAGGUCGCGUUCCUGCAGGCGUGCCGCCAACCUUGAUAUGUGAGCGAUAAUGCCACUUGAUAGGUACCUAAUGUCACUUAGGUAAUCUUUUUUAAUCUUUUAGUUUCGGCCUUGGUGAAAUUUUACAAACGUUGGAAUUCGAAGUGCGUGAUGCUAACGGCAGCACCCGCUCAGCCUCAGCUCCCAACCAUCUAAUUGAAAUGUAUUAUUAGUAGCUUUAUAUCUCCUCGAAUCAUGUUGCUUGCCCGUAGGCCGAGGCUCCUAUGCCUGCUCUGCCAAUCAAGAGCAUUUAGUACCUCGUACCGCUUGCUGGCGGAGCAAGCUCCUGCUACUACGAAGGCUGUAAAGCCCGCCGCGAGUAAUAAACCGGCCAAAACGGAGACACCGGCCUCGCCGGCCCCGGCCAAGGUUAUACCUCCUUCUCCGUUAGAAGAUGCGCCGAGGUCGUACGGCAAGCGGGUCGAAGAGUUCACGCCGAAGCCGCUGAACCGGCCGAUAGGCAUGCCGCAGCCACCAAAACCGGGCGAGAACACGGGCAUAGACAACCGGACAUUAAAACAACGCCGCGAUGACCUCGUAAACUACGACAAGCAUCUAAAGCGGCGCGACGAACUGAUGAGCAAGAUGUCGCGCCCGUACUACCGCGACUGGGGCAACCUGCGCUUCCACAAGGGCAAGACAUUUUUCGCCCCGCCGCGACCCUUCAAAAGUGACCUAUCUCUCUUCUUCCCGAACCUAUUCGGGCGAACCCUACUAAAGAGCGACCGCAAGCCCCGCGACACGACGCCCACGCUGCAGGACAAGAUCUCCGUCGUCAGCGUAUUCAGCAGCGUGUGGGCCGAGAACCAGAUCAACUCGUUCGUGUCCAAGGAAGCCAAUCCCGAGCUGGAGACGGUGCUGGAGCAGAACAAGGACGCGGUCCAGCGAGUCUGGAUUAACUACGAGGACAACUCCAUGAAGGCCUGGUUGAUUAAGCUGUUUAUGGGCGGAAUCAGACGGCGGAUUGGCGAGCCGAAUUGGGACCGGUACUUCAUUGUGCGGAAGGGGCUGAAUGAUGAGAUUCGCGAGAACACUGGUCUUCUAAAUAGCAGUGUCGGUUACGUAUACCUCCUCGACGGCGAAUGUAGGAUACGAUGGGCAGGCAGUGGUCCUAGCGAGGAUCACGAACGAGAGGGAUUAGUCAAGGGCGUCCAGCGACUUCUAGAUGAGGCAAAGAGCUCGAAGAAAACUUAACAGGUCAUGUAUUAAUUAUUACGUGCCAUGAUCAAAAAUGAUACCCGCUCCUCAAUUUACAAGGCA